AUGGACGAUAGCGCGAAAAGCCAGCUGAAAAGCAUCCCGCUCCUCAAAACAAAGGCCGGACCCCGUGAUGAGGCGCUGUGGCCAAAGCGUUUGCAGGAAGAGCUCGAGGCGCUGAUCGCGUUCGUGACGAUGAACAAGGAAAACGACAAGGAUUGGUUCCACAUUGAGUGCAGCGAUCGCGGGGAUCGUUGGUACGGCAAGUGCUGGACGUUCUACAACAACGUGAAAUACGAGUUUGCCGUCGAGUUCGACAUCCCGAUCACCUACCCGACGACCGCGCCCGAAAUCGCACUCCCCGAACUCGACGGGAAGACGGCAAAAAUCUCCCCAGAAGAAGAAGAAGAAGCCGAUGGUGACGACAAUUUUCGGGCCAAGAAACGGGCGGAGACCGGGAAAAACUCGGCCGAGAAAAACGAAGUCACGGCCCCGACGGGACCCCAAAAAGAUGCCCCACCAACCGUAGGCAGGAGGCUGAUGCCAACCCCUCCCAAUCUGGUCCCGCCACGAGUUCUGGCCAGACUGGGGGCUACCGUACCCGGCAGUGGGCGUGGCUUCGCGGCGAGACCUCGAAAUGGGGGCCAACGGCUGGUGAAAGAUGUCGAUGAGCCGAGCCGCCCGGUGAGAAUCCAGGCUCAUCAACAGCUAACUGGCGGCGCGUGGAAUUUGCCGUUGGAACCGAUUACGCCAGGAAAUGGAACGCAGCAGCGGCCGCUGCUGCCCCGCCCUCCGCAUAUACCAAUUCGU